AUGCCACCCUCACCCGCAGUCCCCAAAUCCAACCGCAAGAGCAACCGCCAUUCCACCAUAAUCCGCCUCUUAAACUACACCGUCUUCACUUUACUCUCUACGAUACUCCUCUGCCUCAUCCUUCUCACACCCGCUGAUGCAAUCUAUCAAUGCUAUGUCACGAAACGCCUCACAAACAUCUUCAUCAUCACGGGCGGGUACGUCGUCACCUUCCUCCUCGCGGUCCUUAUCUACGCGACCCGCAUAUACACGAAUCGGAGCGUGCUAGGCGGGAUUCCUAAGGCCUGGAUUCCGGUCGAAAAAGAGGAUGUCGGGAAGAGCGUUAGGAGGCUUGUUGUAGAGGGGCUGGGAAGGAGUGCGCUCAUCGCGUGGGGGGCUAGGCCGAGGGAGGUGAAGGCGAGGGGCCAUGCACAACAAGCACAUGCUCUAGCUGAUGCAGAUGUUUAUGGACAUGACGAUGAAGAGAGGAAGGGCCUGCUCAGAGGAUUCGACUAUGAUGUCGACCCCGCGAAUCCACCUUGGGGGGUUAUUGAGCAUCCUGGGUGGUCGGCGCCGGAGUCCUCGCUGUCUACGUCUGCGCCGACAAUAACGACUGGGGACUCUCAGCCAUUACCGGGUUUGUGUUACCGCACUGUCGUCCGUGAACUGCCGCAUCUCAUCGAAGCAAAAGCCGUAUCACUUGCGCCGCCUGAUCCUGUUUUCAGGCUCCGCUCCACGAACCAAAAUUACCCUUCUCCAGAGGGAGAGGCAGACGAAUGGGCCGGCUCCGAAGAAGGACAAGAAAUCCCAGACACCCGCAUCGUCGCCAUCCUGCGACGCCCACCAACAAUGUCCCUACGGAGCUACAUCCAACAUCUAACCGAGUUGUCGAUCCUCAACCCGCCCGAAACAGGAAUUGAAUUCCUAGCCCUCUACGAGCGCGCCCGGUUCUCAGGGAAAGACCUCUACGAAGAUGAGUUCCGCGCAUUGAUGGGUGUCUUCGCCGAUCUUUUGCGCGGGAUGCGCUUCUCCGACCACCGUCUUCUAGCCAUGCAUACGCAUACAGAUGCACAUUCGCUCUUCGGGUCGCGGUCGGAAUCUGUUAUUGGGCCGUCGGAUGAAGAGGGCGAGACGGAGACUGAUACACUUGGUUCUGUGAAUUCUCCGCGAACCCGUGCCCAUGCAAGAUAUGGACAUGGUCAGUACACGACUCCAAGCCGGCCUGGAUAUCUCGACGGGAUAAAAACUGGAACCGGCGCUGGCGCUGGUGCUAGACCCGGGUCUCCGAGGGGAAGAAUUAGCGAAAUGCAGUCAUCAUCACCAUCGCAAUUACAGCCUCUGGGUCAAUGGUCUCGGACCCCUUCACCCUCAACACGUUCGCUGCAGCCGGUCCGAUCGAAUACCUCCCGGGCGGGGAGUGCGAAAAGCGGCGCGAGUUUAAGUUCGGCAUCCCGGUCGGGAUCUGGGGGAAGUGUGAUUCGGCUGGCUGAUGCGCGGACGGAGAGUGUCUCGGGAUUGCCGUAUGUUAUCGGUAGACAGGACGGCACAUAG